AUGGUUAACAAGCUUGAAGGAGACGUUCUCGACGACUACCCUGAUCUUCCACCCUUUCCUACCGACAUCCCAAUAGCCCCCCUUCCACGUAUCUCCUUGGGGAAACUCCUGCAGAAUGACGAAGCCGCAACCGAGCAGCUUUACACGAUAUGCAAAGACCUUGGCUUCUUUUAUCUUUAUCUGAAUGAUUCCGAUGCGGGGAAAUCUCUCCUCAACGAAACGCAAUCGCUAUUUAGCAUUCAAGAUGAAGUAUUUGACCGCAGCUUAGAGGACUGGAAGCCGUAUGACUUCAAGGAAAGGGGGACAUACCUGGGGUAUAAAGCCAAAGGUGCCGCCAUAGUGGAUUACCAAGGAAACGUUGACCGUAAUGAGUCCUUUGCUAUCAGCAAAGACGACCUCCUCGGAACCGGCGAGCGACUCCCCGCUCCUCCCACCGUGGACAACCACAGAGAUCUCCUCGCGUCCUUCGCCAGAGAUUCGCAUAGCGUCACAAUGCUGAUCCUGAGGAUUCUCAAUGACAAGCUCAAGCUCCCAGAAGGCACGCUGCAAAGCUUCCACAAAUUAGAAAGCCCCUCUGGCGACGCCAUCCGCUUCAACCGAGUCCCGGCCCAACCCAUCGACGACCGCCGCACGUCAAUGGGCGGCCACAGUGACUUUGGCAGCGUCACAGUCCUCUUCAACCGUCUUGGCGGCCUCCAAAUCCUGCCCCCCGGCACUCCGGCCCGGGAUGACUCGAAAUGGCUCUGGGUCCGCCCACUGCCCAACCAUUGCAUCAUCAAUCUGGGCGACGCUCUUGUCAAAUUCACGAACGGGCUACUACGGUCAAACAUCCACCGUGUGAUGGCGCCGCCCGGUGACCAGGGCGAUCUCACGCGAUAUAGCGUGAUCUACUUUUCGAAGCCCCUGCACGGGACGCUGAUGAAGCGGCUGGACGGGUCCGAUGUGAUCCCGCCUCUCUCGGCGGAGCAGAUCGAAGAGGACAUUAGUUCGCAGGAGUGGGGAAAACGUCGGCUGUUGGGACCCAGAUUGGAUUUGCAUCAGCUGAAAGAUAUGGACUGGCAGAAGAUUCGGGGAACGGAGAAGUUGAGCCAGCGGCUGAAGGUCUAG